GGGAACGACAAGAAAAGAUAAGGUUAGACGAAGAAAAGAAGAAGGCAAAGGAACAGGAGGAUCGCAAACAACAAGAGGAGCAGAAGCAAGCAGCUGCAACAAAAGCACAAGCCGAGAAGGAGCAGAAAGAACAGAAGGAGCAGCAGCAAAAAGAACUCUUGUUGAAAAAGCAACAAGCGUCACUUAAUGUGAGCUAUGAACAAUGAUUUUUCACUGACUUCAUGCUAUCUCUCUAAUAUAAUGAUAUUGCAGCAAAAAUCCUCCACGCUCUCUAUCAAAGGCUUGGAAGAAGCCGGCAAAUAUUUUGACUUGUUGAAGAAAUUCAAAGAACAGAUUAAACCAGCUAUUGCCCAGCAUGCCGAGUGGAAACAAGGUGCAAUGAAAUCGCGCAUGAAAUUGAAACGUAUGAUUGGUCAACUUGUCAACAAGCGCGAGACCAUUAUGCGAAUUACAAAUGACGCGCAUACCAUUUUCUCUGACUGCCAACGAACUUCCGACAUAUUAUAUGAAUGGAUCAUGAAUUUCACGGCCAAGGCAUUAGUGGAACAAGCUGAAACAGAAGUUACUGUCAAGCCAUCCACAGCCUAUCCGCUGGCACACGUUACCGUUAUGUUGGCUACAAAGCACGCUGGUUUCAUGGACAUUGUGAUUGCUCGUCUCAUCAAGCAUUGCCCAUACCUUAUUCCUCGUUAUUUUGAUGAUGACCCGAAACGUUCCCCAGACGAAACCCGAAAGUUGAUGGGUUACAAAUAUAGUGACAAGGAAGCCAAACAAUGGGAAGACGCAGUACAAUACAAAGAGCAUAUGAGUGGUCUUAUUUCCUUAUGGGCCGCUAUUGUCCAAACUGCUCCAGAGCCCGGAAUGGGCGAAAACCCUUAUCCCAUACAGCAUGGCUGGACGUGGCUCGCACGUAUUUGUAACAUUCCUCCGAGAGCUAUCACGCCUGCUCUUAUAAACUCAUUCUUAGAAAUUGCUGGCGAACGGAUGCUGGCAACCUAUCCUCGGCAACUUCCAAAAGUACUACAGCUUAUAAUGCAACAAUACCUACCACUUUUGGCUGGCGAUAAAGAUGCCGUAGCUGCUGCUACUCGACUAUCAAGUUACUUGGAGACAUACGCUACAUCGGGAAAACUUGGAGCAAUAGAAGGCUCCAGAUACUAGCUUGUCUCCCUACAUCACAUAUCAACAUUUGUUUAUAGUCCUCGCUCAUAUCAUUUGCCUUUUGGAUUAAAUCACCAUCCACCCACAUCCACAUUAAUACAUUUACCAUUAGUUUGGAGCAUUAACAAAGAAUCCAUUGGUACAAUUUACAUUUAGAUAUACUGUUAUACACUUGAUAUCUGUUUGAUUUAUCCUGCUCUCAAAGUCGAUGUCGAACGACCGUAGAAGUCAUUGUAAUCGAGGCGAGUGGAGAGUGAUCUCAAGUCGUCAUCCUGAUAAGAUGAGAGCGUGGCUAGGAGAUCCAAUGUCUCUCGCUGGUUUUAGACAGUAUGGAAGAGGCUGUUAGUGUGGAGCAAAUACUGAAUGAAAAGAAA